AAGUUAAACACUAAUCAGAAAAUGAGCUAAUCUGUGCCACAGUUGCUGUCUUUCUGAUUCAUCAGCAGCAAAAGCUGUCCAAAAUGAAAUAUUAGUUGGAAGAAACGUUAUGGUCCAUUGGUUAUUAAACGAAGCAACAGUGCAUCAGUGAUUUAUUAUGUUAUCUAGAGAAAAAUGAGAUGAAAAAAAGCGACAAUUCCUUCUGCAUGCUGCUGUGUGUGCACUGUCAGCUGGAAUGAUGGUGCUGGCUUUGAGUUUCAGGUUAAACUAUUUUUUGGUAUUAUUUAUAUUUUGAUGGUAAUGCAAUAAACAAUCAAACGGCGAGAAAUGACCGCAAAAGUUACGCUAUAUAUUACCUCGAUGGAGCGGUAAGGCAGAACAUUCAGAUUGCUUUGGACAGAAUAGCAGAAAGAUGCUAAUCAAGUGAAUAUAUUAUUGUAGUUACCAGCUUUUGAUGGUGACACUACCGAGGAAAAAACAAAACAAAGCAGCAACCGACCGCUCGUUGAGAGAGACUCCUGCUUGCUUCCUGUACCUAUCUCUGAUGAUGACGAAGAGACUGCAAAAAAAAAAAUCGUCUGAAGUGACAGUAGUAUACGACACAUUACAACACAAGGAAAGCGGCAAAUGCUUUUAUCCUCAGGAUGACAAAAGAAUCUAAUGGGAAUUUCGAAUGAUGGAGAAGAUUGGAACCUCGCCGAGUCUUCGUUUAAAAUGGAUAUUUCGUCAAAUAGCUCUAAUUUCCUUUGCAGGUUUCUUCAUUGUUCAGAGAACUGAAUCUACUGCAAUAACAAUGGCUGCCUGCAAUGGGAAGCUGGAACAGCACACAGAAAGGCGUGGGGUCCUCUACAGCCCGUCCUGGCCUCUGAGCUACCCAGCGGGGCUGAACUGCAGCUGGUAUAUCCAGGGGGACCACGGGGAUGUCAUCACAAUCAGUUUCAGGAACUUUGACGUAGAAGAGUCUCGGAAAUGUGCUUCAGACUGGCUCCUGAUGGGCCCAGCCUCGAAGAGAGAGUACAGGGUGUGCGGCUCUGUCAUCCCCCCGCCCUUCAUCUCCACACGGGACCACGUCUGGAUAUUCUUUCACUCCGACACUGCCAGCUCUGGGCAGGCUCAGGGAUUCAGAAUCUCCUACAUCAGAGGUAAACUAGGCCAAAGCAGCUGCCAGACAGAUGAAUUCCUUUGUGGGAACGGCAAGUGCAUUCCCAGUGCCUGGAAGUGCAACACAAUGGACGAGUGCGGGGACGACACAGACGAAAAGAGCUGUGCACCCCCUCCGACCGAGCCCCAAACCACCAUGUGCCCCUUGGGGACCUUCCAGUGCACCGGAGUCCACUCCACCCAGUGCUUAUCCAACAGCCUGCGCUGCAACUCCAACAAAGACUGCAGGGACGGCUCGGACGAGGAGGAUUGCCCCGACACGUCCUGCGGGAAGCGGCUGGGGAACUUCUACGGCUCCUUUGCCUCUCCAGACUUCUUCCGGCGCAACCACAGUGGAUCAGACUUGCGCUGCACCUGGUACGUAGACACGCAGGACCCGCGGCACAUCAUCCUCCAGUUCGACCUCCAGCUGGGCUACAGCGACUACAUUCGGGUGUACGACGGCAUGGGAGAACGCAGCGACAAGCUGCUGCAGACUCUAACCUAUCACAACAACCGCCGUUCAUCCAGUGUAGAGUCCUCCAAGGGGCAGCUCACGGUCCUGUACCAUGCCAAGCCCAAGAGCGCGGGCCAUGGCUUCAACGCCACCUACCAGGUCAAAGGUUACUGCUUCCCCUGGGAGCACCCCUGCGGCAGCGAUGAGGGCUGCUUCGCCGAUCACCAGCGCUGUGACGGCUGGUGGCACUGCCCCAAUGGCAAGGACGAGGAGAACUGCCCUGCUUGCCAAAAGGGCGAGUACCCCUGCGAGGGCAAGAGCGGGAUGUGUUACGCGGGCCCGGACCGCUGCAACAACCAGAAGAACUGCCCCGACAGCUCGGACGAGAAGAACUGCUUCACCUGCCAGCUGGGCAACUUCCACUGCGGCACCAACCUGUGUAUCUUUGAGACGUGGCGCUGCGACGGGCAGGAGGACUGCCAAGACGGCAGCGACGAGCACAACUGCCUGGUGGCGGUUCCGAGGAAGGUGAUCACUGCAUCGCUCAUUGGCAGCCUCAUCUGCGGGCUGCUAUUGGUCAUUGCCCUGGGGUGCGCCUUUAAACUAUACUCCCUGAGAACCAGAGAAUACAGGGCUUUUGAAACCCAGAUGACCCGACUGGAGGCGGAGUUUGUGAGGAGAGAGGCUCCUCCCUCCUAUGGUCAGCUGAUUGCUCAAGGCCUUAUACCCCCUGUUGAGGACUUUCCUGUUUAUAACCCAUCUCAGGCCUCGGUGUUGCAGAACAUCAGGACGGCGAUGCGGCGGCAGAUUCGACGGCACUCUUCACGGAGAGCUUCUUCCCGAAGGAGACUGGGGUGGCUGUGGAGCUGGCUAUUCCAACGCAGGGCUCGGAUCCGGGGGCAGAUUCCACUGCUGAGUCCCCCCAGCACCUCCCACACUUCCCUCAGCGGGGGCAUCCACAGCUACCAGGCAGUGGGGGGUGGCGGCAGACACACUCCCUCCUCCACAGCCCGGAGACUGGACCUGGAGCCAGAGUCUGAGGCCCCGUGCCAGCCUGGGGCUUUCCACAGGGCCCACCAGCCCCCGGAACACUCCCCUGUGGAUCGCUCCCCUCAGUCCAGCACAGACGAGACUGGGGACCAGACUCCAGGUGAGGAGGUAAGCCGUGACUUCUGUGCAGGGACAGCCGGGGUCCACAGUGAUCCUCUGUCAGGACAUAUAGAAGCCCCUGAUACGGGUAACAGCAACUCAAACAGACACGAAAGAUCAGCGCGCACGAGGAACAGUGGCUUCUACAAACGGAAGCUGUCUCGGAAAGAGGUGCAGGGUCUAGCUGCUAACCUCCGCGGUGUGGCGCUGCGUCGAUACUCUCACCCCAGGAGUGAGCCCCCUGCUCUGGACCAACCCUGCCAAAGCCGUGCCCGCCACUCCAAGCAGGAGGAGCCCACGGAAAGCCAGAAUGCAAGUCAAAGAUGCCACUCUGUCGAAGUGCCAAUACAAGAAGCGGCUGCGCUGUUCUGCGACAGCCAGCACAGCCAGCACGCCAGCGACGAUGAUGAGUCCCUUAUCGUUUGCUGAUUUCAGCUUCUCUUGGGACGAGACCAUUUCUUUCAUGCCAAAUCUGUUUGCCAUAUGUUUUGUGUGUGAUAGUAGUUUUUUUUAUUUUUUUGUAUUUGUUGUCAUUGCCCUCUCCUUUCUGUUUCACUCCAAAGGGAAUUGUAAUUUGAGACCUCCAUGAUCACCCACACCCUGCUACAGAAUCUCACAUGAAAUGAUUGUGGCAGCUACACCAGUCCUUUUUCAUAGUUACUAAGAUGGUGAAAGAGUUUUUUGAAUAUAUAAACUUGUUCGGUCAGGUGGACUAAAGGGGUAUUGGUGCAGCUUGGCUGUAUUUACAGCUAUAUUCAGUACAAGGUUGAGCUCUGGGUCAGUAGCUGUCUUAGGUUGACCUCAAAAUGUAUAACAUUGUUCAGAUUUAAAAUACAUGAUUUGCAGCCAACAUGCUUUACAAUAUAUUCAUUGAUAGAUGAAAUGGUAGCCGUAUCAGUCCAGAGAUGAUAGACAAAGAGAAGAUACCUUUUAUUGGACUAAAUCAACAAUAAUUAAUUACAAGCUUUCAAGACCUCAAAGGUCUCUUCAGAUGAAAGUAGAAAAGAGAGUGAUGUUUACAUCUACAUCUAAAAUGUAGAUUUUUUGCAUUGUGUACAGAGCUACCAGUACAGCUUACAACGUCAGACUCCAUUAAAGUUCCCAGAUAAACAAUGUGCAUAGGAUUUACGGUUUUCAAUCUUAGGUUAAAGAAGCAUCUGUGAAAAGAGGACUUACACUUAAAAAGUGCAUGUCUUACAAACUGUUUCCCAUUUACAGUGUUACGGUACUUUUGGGAUUAUUAUGUAUAUCGUGCAAUAAAAAUUAACGCAGGUUAUAUAGGCCAGUAACCUUGACCACUGUAAAAUUACUGCACAAUAAUAAUAUUUAUUAUUGAUUAAUAAUUUAACACAGACGUGACUCCCUAUGUGUAUAUACAUUAUAAAAAUUCAAUUAAACUACUUUAUUCAAGCACAUAUCAUAUGUUGCCAGCGAGAUAAUAUUAUUUUGGUGCAUUUAAGACUGCAAACCUGUGACACUGGAAACUUUUAAAUAUAGAAUGCUAAUCAUUGGCCGGAUGUUUUAUUUUUAUGUUUUAAUGAUGACAUUAGAAGUGACUUAUUUUUAAUCAAAAGGUAUCAGUUAUGGUAAAAAAAGAAGUAAUUUAUAAAUAUUGUUUUAAAUUCUAGUUUGUUCUAGCUAAUAACUUUGUGCUGUUUCCCUUCUAGCCUGCAGGCAAGGGGAAACCUUUUCUGUUGAUGGUAAAAUAGCACCUCCUAGCUGUUAAAAAGAGAUCUGCAUGCAGCAACCCAACUGUGCAGCUGGUCUGUCAUUUCACAUGAGAUUAUGAUUCAGGGCAAUGUUAGUGGGUGUCAUUUUUUGUUUUUACAGCUUUUAGUUAUUUUUAUGAAUGUCAAGCAGUGUAUCGCGCUUUCUUUCACAGUAAACCAUUCAACAUCGGUGAAUUAUUUUUGGUAUAUCUAGCUUUGGGGGAAAACAAAUAGAUUGGAAUUCAUAUUUUCAGACUAGUUACCCUGCCACAGAGAAUCGAUUAGGAUCAAACUUUUUUUUUUUUUAUCAUUAAACUUAAGGCUAAUUUGUGAAGAUUAAGAGAAUAAUUUGUAUAAUAAAAUUAUACUGAAAAAUGAACAAAAAAAUAAAUAAAUCAGGGCAUUAAUUUCUGUGAGUGGGGAUGUAUGUACAGAAAAAAAAAGUGCAAUGAUUUCAUUGUGCCAUCGAAUGUGAUGCACAAUGUAUUCUAGUCCCAUUCCCAACAGAUACUGCUGCUGAAAACGAUGACAACUAGUUCUGUUUUUAAAUUGCAUCACCUGCAUAUUGUAUAAGUUAAAGGGGAAGCUUCAAAACGCUACAGUAAAUGUAGUAUUCCAGACCACUUAGCAAAUUUGCUGGUGUUGCUUGACUUAAAUGCUGCAAACAAGCCUCCUCUGUAGAGACUCCAUGUUUUACUUCCCUAGCUCUCCUGUGCUCGUAAUGCACUGACAUUGACCACGGGUUGCCUGUGAAGCAGCUGUUUUAUAAGCCUUGUACUGUGCAAGUGCUGUUGAUCCUUCCCUUUUCCAUUCAGCACCCUUACAUGAUCGUGGAAUCGAUUUGCCGUAUAGAUUUGAGCUAGAGGUAGAUAUGGGUACUUGAUUACCCACCUAUUGUGAAUUACCAGAACAUGCCUCUUUCCUACUCGCAUCUUUAACAGAGCAAUUGAGUUUUCUGAGGCUUCAAACAUGAAAAUGUGUAUAUGAUAGGCCUAUUAAAUAAUGCUGGGGCAGACAUUCUUCUCUUUGAUCUUGUGACUGCAAUAACAAAGUUCUCUGUGAUGAAUGAAGAUAAAUACUAGAAAGAAGCACUGUUCUCUACAUUAGAAUGUGUGUGUGUGUGUUGUUUUUUUUUGUAUCAUCUUUUUCUUUUGAAUUGAUCAAAAGGGGAGUGAUUUGCAUAAUAUAUUUUUGAUACAGUACUUUAGAAAUUCUGAUUAAAUGAGCAAAUAUCAACAUGGUCAUUUUUAACUCUGAACACAUUUCAGGCCAUGUUUUGUACAUAUUUUUUUUUUCAGGUCAUCUGUGCAUUGGUUUCUUUGCGUGAUAUAUAUUUUUAUAAAGUCAUUUAUAAAUGCUUUUAAAUGAACAUGGUCAAUGUUUGUGCAUGUGUUUGUCCCAGCACUACUUUUGAAGGCAGUUUUAGUCCUGUAGUUUUAGUUUAACAAUGAUAUGAACUGGAAACUACCCAGAAGGAUACCUGGCUAUUUUUCAGGAUGGGCCUCUAUUCCAGAUGUCCUACCCGUGCUAUGUCUAGUUUGCACCAGGAUACCAGGAAGGGGGGGAAGAUCCAUUUGUAAUACAUCCAUUUGUAAUAAUGGGAUUGCGGUUUGGACAAAGCUGUUUUAUGAUACUGUCUGCCAGCUGGUGGGAUGGAAACAUGGAAGAUCUGUAGACAGACUAAAAGGAAAUGCAUUGGGGAAAAAAACAAGAUACUGGCAUUUUCAUAUAGUGAUUUUAGGAGAUGUGCAAAGUUGUUACUACCCUUUAAUCAAGCUCCUGAAGCCUCCCCUUUAAUAAACGCUAGCUGCAUUGACAACUAUGGUGACAUUGUUUAUCCAUAUCAAUUUUGCUGUGUUCUACAGUGCAUUUUCUCUUUAUUAAAGAGACAUAGGCGUAUUUUAUCUAUUGUGCAUUUUGAGAUUCUUCUCCUUAGAGUUCUUUGCAAAUAGUGUAAACUUGAAAGUAUUGUGACGGUACUCUGUCUGCUGACGGUGUCAAUCAUAUAUAUAUAUAUAUAUAUAUAUAUAUGAAACAAUAAAUAAAAAUAUCUUGACACAAGGGUACCAACCUCUAUGAUUGUGCUGAAGUGUCUUUGUGCCUGC